AGUGACGCGGUAAUUCACCCGAAGCUAAUGAAUAAUAAAACACAAGACGGAAAUCAAAUCAGAAACAUAGAGAGAGAUGGCAGAGGCGGUAGAGGAAGAAAGAAAUCAGAGCAGCUGCAAAAUCGAUAAUUCAAGAGCAGGAGAGAAUGGUGAUGAGAAGAAGAAUUUGGUAGAGAUCACCCUCAAAACCAUUGGCCCUUCUCCUCCAUCUGCGCUUUUUGUUCCUUCUCCCAUCAAAGUGUGUGACUUGAGAAAAUUGAUUGCUGAAAAUAAGCAUCUGCCAAUUGAGAAUUUGAGGCUUAUCUUCUGUGGGAAUGUAUUGCAUGAUAAAAGACAUGAGGAUGAUGCACACCUCCAACUCAAUAAUGGUGAUUCACUGAUUGUUGCUGUCAAGCCAAAGCCACCAGCUAAACAUCUUCGGGAUGGUUUUGACUUUGAUGAUGAUGACCUGAAGUUUCAGUUGCCUCAGUCGACAAGUCGGUGGAAAAGGAGGCUUUACUUUUUUCUGCAUGAUAAAUUGAAGCUUCCAGAUAUCCUUUUGUUGGCGCUUUUCUCUCUAAGUCUAAAGAUGUGGGCUGUGAUUAUUUUAUGGUUCAUUUUGGCACCUGUUGCACACAGAUGGGAUCUGGGACCACUAUAUAUACUCGGCACAGGAUUUUCCGUAAUUUUCUUUAAUCUUGGACGACGGCAAGCUGGUGAUCUCAGUGCAUAUUCUAUCUUCAAUGAAGACUUCAGGGAGCUUCCUGGGACCCUUAACGCAGAUCGUAUAGAUAGAGACAUUAGGGCUGGCCAGUUUUGAACUUUUGGCUCACCACUUAUCACGAUUCAAAUGUUUCAGUACGUUUCUGCUGACUCCAAGUGCAAGGGCAAAUUAUAAAAUAUACCAGGUGAAUAUGUACCUUCACUCAAAAAUCAAUCUCUCUUGAAUAAUUUCAUCACUGCAUGAGGUAAUCGCAAUCAUUCACGGUAAGAUCACAAUGCUUUCGUUCCCAAGUCUGUACAGUAUACCAAUUUCAAUUGUAACAAUUCAAUUCCCAAUUUUUCAAAGCUUAUGCAAUGUAAACUCGUUUUAUCUGAUAGUUUGAUGAUCUUUGGUUGCUUCA